UAUGCCGCGACGACAGCACGCGUGCGUGGCGCCCUAACAAAAUUUGAAUUUAGAACAGUAGUGUUGUGUUUUUAAAACAUCGAAUUGUUAUGCCAUAGACAGUGGAAAAAUUAAAUAGAACAAAUUUUAUUUUUUAAUAUCAAUCCAGUGCAAUGGAAUCUGAAAUAGGAGAAACGCAGACCCAGAAAAAAGCACCUAAACCGUUCUCAAUAGAAUCUAUAAUAGGCACGGAUAGAAAAUCGCCCGAUAUCGACAUAGAGAAUAACCUGUCGGAACAUUCUAGAAACUCAGACGAAGAUGACACAGAACGGUUAGAAGAAUUGAACCGGAUGCGUUAUUAUUUUAACGCGCCAUUCCUGCAGCAGAGUGGUGUUAGUUUCCCUUUUUUAUUGGGCUACCAUGAACCGUGGUUAACAAGGGUUCUUAACUCUGGCCAGAGUGCAGCUGUGACGGAGAAUAAAGAAGAAGGGAAGAGAGACAGUCCGGUCAGUGUUGGUAGUGAGGUGGAAAGCGACGGCGGCGAAGAUAAUACACCAGGAAACGACUCUGAGCCCGACCUCGAGGACUCCAGCACAGACACGCCGCGGGAGACCAGCAAAGCUCGACGAAGAAGAACCGCCUUCACAUCCGAGCAACUGCUGGAGCUGGAAAGGGAAUUCCAUGCGAAGAAAUACCUCAGCCUCACAGAGAGAUCCCAAAUUGCGUCGGCUUUGAAGCUUAGUGAAGUUCAGGUCAAAAUAUGGUUCCAAAAUAGGAGAGCGAAAUGGAAACGUGUGAAGGCCGGCCUGGCGUCCGGCAGUCACUCCGGCGGAAAAAACGGAUCCGGCACGAAAAUCGUUGUGCCCAUACCGGUUCACGUGAACCGAUUCGCGGUACGAACCCAACACCACCAGAUGGAGAAGCAAAACGGACUACAAUACAGACUAGACAGAACUCAGCCGUUACCGGGGAGUCUAUUACAAUCACAAACAUCAGCCUUUCUAAGUGCAUCGAAAAUAAAUCCGCCGGAUAAUCGAGACUCGAUUUUACUCAAUCCGGUGUUGAGUCGCAACACUAUUUACGACGCGAGCAUGUCGGCUAGGUUGGCAACAAUGAGCCAAGCCGCCAAUAUGAGACAUUUCACGAAUCAAAAUGGCCGACCUAGCUAAUUUUAGGUUGUCUUUUUAGUUUUCAACGGACCAUACUAGAUUUUAGAUUAGAGAUCGUGGUAUGGACAUGAAUGGGUAUGUUAAAGACAAGAAUACAUGGAAAUAAAAAAAAAUAUUGCCAGUAUCAUGGAGCAUAUAAAGAUCUAGUGUUGCCAGAUAAUCAAGAUAAUCUGGACUGUCCUGGAAUAAUCCUACACGUUAUUGUUUCUGAUUUUAGAUAAACAAUAGCACCAAUUUGAACUUGA